AUACAUUUGAUCUCGUAAAAAUUUCUUGUUCUCGAACCUCCAUCUCAGUAUGACCAUCACCGUCGGCAUCGCAGGCAUCACGGGCAAGUUCGCCCGGCUGGUUGUUAAGAACCUGUGCAAUUCACCAGACAUUGAUAUUAGAGGAUUCUGUCGCAACGCAUCAAAACUCCCCCAGCACUUCCGGGAAUCUCCCCGAGUGACUAUCGUCCAAGGCGAAUCCACCGAUCUCGACACGCUGCGCCAUUUCGCCCGGGGUUGCGACGUCGUCAUCUGCUGCUAUCUCGGCGACAAUGACCUGAUGACUAACGGACAAAAACUCCUAAUUGAUGCGUGCGAUCUGGAGCACGUCAGCCGCUAUAUUGCCAGCGACUAUUGUCUUGACUUCACGAAAUUAGAGUACGGCCAGCACCCGGCCAAAGACCCCAUGAAGCACGUCAAGGCGUAUUUGGAAACGAAGCAGAAUGUGAAAGGUGUGCACGUGCUUAUUGGGGCUUUUAUGGAGACUUUUUGGAGUGGGUACUUCGGCGUCUGGGAUGCAGAUGCCUGCAAGUUGAAUUAUUACGGCAGUGGGGAUGAACUGUGGGAGUCUACCACGUACGAAACGGCUGCUCAGUAUGUAGCGGCGGUAGCGAAGGACCGGAAUGCUGUUGGCAUGCAGCACUUCCUCGGAGAUCGUCGAACCAUUCGUGAAAUUGCGCAGGACUUUGCAGACGUCUAUGGAAGGAAACCUCAGCUAGAGCGUCUUGGGUCACUUGAUGAUCUCUACAGCAAAAUGCGGGCAACCUUCGAAAAGGAUCCUUCCAACAUGUUUGCCUACAUCGCUAUGUUCUAUCAGUUUUACUGUACCAAUGGACAGACCUAUUUGAAACAGGACUUGGAUAACUCCAAAUAUCCAGAAGUUAGGCCGGUCACUUUCAAGAUGUUCUUUCAGGCGCACAAGAUGGAGGAACUCACUGAUGCGUAUCAAAACGCCGGCUCGAAUGUCUAG